AUGGCGCGGCACGGGCACAGCAGGGGAGGCGUGGCGAGUGCGUGGGUGGCCGCGGGCGGCGCAGCCGUGGUGAGCGCGAGGCGGAGCGAUGGUUGGCGGCGGGAGCAGCGGGGCGCGGCCGCAGCGGGGAAAAGGCGCAGGCGAGCGGGGCAGGGGAAAGCGGGGCGAGCGGCGAGGGGACAAGGCCGCGGCGGGGCGGCAGGGCAAGUGCGGCGCGGCGGCGGCCACGGGGUGCAACAGCAGGGGAGGUCUGGGCCGGCGCGGCCGGCGUGCAUGACGGCGAUGGCGAGUGGCCGAGGGGGGGCGGGAAACGACGACGCGGCCGGCGCGGCUGGUGAGCGCGCGGGCGACGCGGCAGGAUACACGGAGUGGAGGGGACAUACCGAUGACCCCAAGAAGCACAACGUCCUCGACCAGCGCUUCCAUAACUCUGUUGGAUCCUACUUCGACGAGUGCCACAGUUGGUGCCGCAUGGUCUACUUCACCGACCGACAGAGGGAUGGGCCCAUGGUCGUGGACGCUGAGGCUGCAUUGUCGAAGCUGACGCUAACCACAAGAUGUCCGUCGGUGGUGUUCAAGUUCGUGCACAACUUCUAG